AUGGCUCUUCGGAAGACUCUUGUCAAUGCCGGAUAUGCGUUGACUCAACUGACGUUCCAAUAUUAUCGACAUGAAAUUGUAGCGGCAAAUCCAGAUGCAGGCAGAUGGGUAGACAAUCUUGCUAGAGAGAAAUGGACCAGAUCAUACGACAACGGGAAGCGAUGGGGGCACAUGACUACGAAUCUUGUGGAGUCUAUGAAUGGGGUGUUUAAGGGCAUCAGACACCUUCUGAUUACUGCCUUGGUGGAAGCAACAUACUAUAGGAUGGCUUCUCUUUUCGCAAGAAGAGGUAUGGAAGUUCCGCUCCAAAUUUGUCAAAAAAACGAGACAGCUAUAGAUACCACUGAUGUUUUCACAACUUCACAGAGAUUUGUCACACGGGAAGAAGUUAUCCGCUGGGUUAAAGAGACCGGAAUCAACAAUAAAGUGACUGUUAUCAUAGCGCGUUCAGACACUGAAACAGGCAAAAGAGGAAGAAGUAACAAAGUUAUAUUUGCGUGCGAUAAAGGUGGAAAAUAUAAGGAUAAAAGUGAGACUCAAAGUGCUACUAAGAGAUGUGGAUGUCCAUUCAAAAUCAGAUCGACUCCGGCAAAAGAUGGGUCUGGAUGGAAGGUUGAUGUAAAAUGUGGAGUUCAUAAUCAUGGUUUACCAGAUAGAUUAGAAGGUCAUUCAUUUGUUGGUAGGUUGACAACAGAUGAGAAGCAGCAUGUUGCUGAUUUGACAAAGAGACAUGUUCCGCCUAGACACAUAUUGAUUUCCUUGCAAGAGCGAGAUCCUGAGAACGUCACUCGGAUCACGCAAAUAUACAAGCAUAAAAGUGUGAUUGAAGCGGAGAUAAGAGGUCCAAGAAGUGAGAUACAACAUUUGCUUAAGGUUAUAGAGGAGGCGAACUAUGUUUAUUGGAGUAGGAAACAGGAUAAUUGUGACGUUGUGAGAGAUAUUUUUUGGGCUCAUCCAGAUUCGGUAAAGUUGCUGAAUCUUUUUCCUACUGUCUUGAUUAUGGAUGCCACUUAUAAGACCAACAAAUAUAGACAACCUCUGUUUGAAAUAGUUGGUAUGACAUCGACCGAGUUGACAUUUGCGGUUGCAUUUGCUUAUAUGGAGUGUGAGCAGACAGAGAGUUAUAUUUGGGUCUUGGAUAAGCAGAAGCAAUUGUUUGUGAAGAAAGAUGUGGUUCCACAAGUGAUUUUGACGGAUAGAGAUCUUGCUUUGAUGAAAGCAGUUGAAGUUGUUUUUCCUACGACGCAUAACUUGCUAUGUCGUUUUCAUAUUAACAAAAAUGUUGGGAUGAAAUGCAAGGAAUAUGUGAUGAAAGACAUGCAAGAGACGAUAGGCACAUUGUGGAAAGUGUUGUAUGGGCUAGUAAUGAGGGUUGAAUCUGCACAUUGGAAGCUAAAGCAGAUGAUAGGAAACAGCCUUGGUGACAUGGUCAAAGUUUGGGAAGCUAUGAAUUCUAACAUAAAAAUCCAAAUAGGUAACAUUCGAGCUUCGUUUCAAAAAAGUUUUUAUGAGGUUGAGCAUGCACACAUUAGUCCAUUUUAUGAUAAUUUGCGUGGUUCAGUAUCGAGAGCUGCUUUGAGACGCAUUACAGAAGAGUUAUUGAGGCUUGAUUAUGUGUUAAAUAGUAGGGAAAAAUGUGGUUGUACUAUGAGAACAAGUUAUGGGCUACCUUGUGCUUGUGAGAUGGGAAGAUCGAUUGUUGUUGGAAUCCCAUUACAAAUAGAAAAUGUUCACCUUCAAUGGAGGAUACUAUCUAUGGAAGGUGACUUGCCUUUAGAUGAGGAAGCUGGUUCGGAGGUGGAUAUGAGUAAUGCAAUUGAUGAAUUGUGGAGAAGGUUUAAAUCACUAGAUGUUGUUGGAAAAAGAGCAUUGAAAAGUAGGGUUUGUGAAAUUGCAUAUCCCACAACAACUUCAUUGUGUCCACCACCUGAGAAAAUAAAAACUAAAGGCGGAGUGAAGAGGAAAGGGAAGAAACCAGUUGGGUAUGAUGUUUAUAGGGAUCCUUCAGUUUUUGAGUAUGCUGAUCAGGCGUCUCAAUCUUCACAAAAACAAUCGCAAGCAUCACAAACUUCCAAGAAGCAAUCACAAUCAAAGAAGCAAUCACAAGCAAAGGACGAGGAUUUCACUCUUCAGUUUCCUUGUCAUAUUAGGCCAUAUAUUACCGAGAUUGUUAAUGUUGUAGCAGAUGGUAAUUGUGGAUUUAGAGCCAUUGCGUCGUGGCGUGGGUAUAGUAAGGAUGGUUGGGCAAUGGUUCGUCGUGACUUGGACAUGGAAUUAAGAGAAAAGAAGGACUUAUAUGAGAGAUUGUUCGGUCUAAGUUUAUCCGAAGUGAGAAAUGGAUUGUUGAUAGAUCAUGUUGGUUUUCAACCACCAGAGUAG